GAGAGGGAGACAGAGAGAGAAAAUGAAUUCAUCCCAACCAUCUAUAUCCCAAGGCACAGAGAGAGGAUGCUUCUCUUCCCAAGUGCUCUUAAGGACAAUCGCUGGGGUCUCCAUUCUACUGUUAAGUGUCUGUUUUAUCACCAGAUGUCUUGUGACAUAUCAUAACUUUCAACUCUGUGACGAGAAUAAGUUCCAGCUACAUGAGGCUUUCAUGGACUUCUCCUGCUCCAGUGACGGAUUGGGUUCAGUCAAGAAUUGCUGUCCGUCAGACUGGGUACAUUUUCAAUCUAGCUGCUACCUCUUUUCUACUAAUACUAUGUCCUGGACAUCGAGUUUAAAAAACUGCUCCAACAUGGGAGCUCAUCUGGUUGUUAUCAACACACAGGAGGAGCAGGAAUUCCUUUUCUUUGCGAAACCUAAGAGGAAAGAGUUUUAUAUUGGACUGACAGACCAGGUGAAAGAGGGUCAAUGGCAAUGGGUAGAUGGCACACCUUUCACAGAAUCUCUGAGCUUCUGGGAUGUAGGGGAGCCCAAUAAUAUAGUUACAGUGGAGGACUGUGCCACCAUUCGAGACUCUUCAAAUCCAAGGAAAAACUGGAAUGAUGUUCCCUGUUUCUUCAACAUGUUUCGGAUUUGUGAAAUGCCAGAAAUAAAUGUUUCAAGCAACAAAAAAAAUUCUCUAAGAACAGAAAGCACAACUUAA